AUGAAGCAGUCGUUCAUCCUCAGUCUGGCUCUUGCCUCCAUCUCGAUCGCCGCGCCGGCCUAUUCUACCCCUGACACCUCGGCUAUCAGCACCGCGACCCCUCUCAACGGCACCGUCGCGAGCGUCCCUACAGCCACUGCUAGCGAGCUGCCCGUCAACACCACCAGCCCUGUCAAGGACCCCGACGUCUUGAGCCGGAUGCUCGGCGUCAGCAGCAGCAAGAUUGCCUUCGCCAACAAUGACGCCCUGAGCACCCUGGCCAAGGUCAACCUCUCUGACCUCACCCCCAUCGACGAAUCCCUGCUGAACCAGAUCAUCGAUCUCAUCCAUAAGCUGCUCGAGAGCUUGCUUGGAUCGAUGAUUCCCGGUGGUCUUCCAUCUGUGGGUCUCCCCUCCGUGGGUCUUCCGUCCGCGGCUCUCCCGUCCGCGGUUCUCCCCUCCGAGGGACUUCCCUCAGCGGCACUUCCUUCCGCAGCUGUCCCAUCCACUGUACUCGAGAGCAGACAGCUCGGCCCGAUCACCGGCAUCUUGGGUCAACUGCCCAUCAUCGGCCCCCUCCUCCAGGGUCUUCUUGGCUCUCUGACUGGCGGCGGUCUUAGCGGGCUCACUGGCGCUGCCGGCGGUCUUACCGGUGGACUUUCUGGACUCAUUCCCGGCCUCGGCGGUAACGGCUCCCCAGUGAGCGGCGCUGCUGGCGUCGUCCCUACCGGUCUGGCUGGUGGCGUCGGUGGCAUUCUUGGCGGUCUUCCCAUCAUCGGCGGCAAGUUCAAGGCCCAGGACAUCAAGGUCACCGACGCUCAGCUUGACAUGGCCCGCCAGGCUGAGAACCUUAUCAACAACCUCGUUGCCAACGUCAAGGCUCAGGGCCUUGUUAACUAA